AUGGUAUCCUCCAAUCUAAUUCAGUUAGAUCUUUCCAACAAUAGUUUGUCAGGAUCCAUUUCUCAAUUUUUGUGUUCUGGGAAAAAUGAAUCAAGGGCAACUCGAGUUCUCAACCUUAGAUAUAACAUUUUAUAUGGAGAGUUACCUGAUUGUUGGAUGAAUUUGCAAUCCUUAUCUGUCCUGGAUUUGGAUAACAAUAACUUCACCGGCAUCCUUCCUGUCUCCAUAGGAACUUUAAGUUCUCUCAAGUCCCUUCACCUUCGCAACAACAGCCUCUCUGGCUCAGUGCUUUUAUCUCUAAAAACUUGUACAGAGUUAUUGGUACUUGAUUUAGGUGAAAAUCAAUUGGUUGGAAAUCUUUCAACAUGGAUUGGGAAAAGUUUUUCAAAUAUGAUUAUUCUCAACCUUCGUUCAAACAAGUUUCGUGGACUUUUGCCGAUUGAACUUUGCCAUCUUGUGUUUUUACAAGUCCUAGACUUUGCUUACAACAACCUUUCUGGAACUAUACCAAGCUGUAUCAGUAACAUCAGUGCCCUGUUGAGAAUAAACUUCUCUGGAAUAAGAAACAGAAUUAUAUAUUCAGAUGUUACUCCAACUCAGUUUGUUGAGGAUACAUCUGUUGUGGUAAAAGGGAUUAUGUUACAGUAUCACACCACUCUUAAUUUGGUAAGGCUUGUAGACCUCUCUCAUAAUAGCUUCUCAGGAGAGAUACCUGUAGAAGUGACAAAUCUGGGAGCAUUGCAAACGUUUAAUCUGUCACACAAUUCUUAUACCGGAAGAAUUCCUGAAACUCUUGGUCAUAUGAGACAUUAG